UUACCACCCUGUCAGUGUGGAAGAGAAGGAGAGAGAGAGAGAGAGAGAGAGGCUGAUAGACUGUAAUAGAGAGAGCGCACGGGAGAGAGAGAGCAGCUGUGUGACAGAGAGAAAGAGAAUGAGGCAGGGUGCUUAGAGGAGUGAGAGAGCCAGGGAAGAAAUAAGAAACACAUUUUACAAGAGCAGAAAGAGGGAGGAUCGCAGACGAGGGACUCCUUCUCCACUGGGCACCCGGGACACUGUCACUGUGGGGGCUUUUUUCACUCAUCUACUAGCUGGAACUCAGUGGAUUGAAAAACCAACCAGUGGAUUUUUUUUAAAUAUAUGCUUGUGUCACAUCAUUUAGAAACUGGGAUCUUUUCUCUGUUAUCUGUCCUCCCGCUGGCUCAACCGCUACGGACUGAAAUUGCUUUGUGUGUCUGUGUUCAGCUCUUGUGUUGUGACUCUGCUCCUCGCACAAAGUGCAUCUGACGGCUCUGAGGAUAUCUCCCCUCUGUCAAACAGGACAGCACGCAGCCAUCGUCGAAUCAGACGGAGGCAAGAGAGAAAGUGUGUGCGUGUGUGUAUGUAAGAGAGGGAAAGAGAGAGUGAGAGGGGCUGUGAGAGAGCGAGAGUCAGAUUCACAGUGUUUGAGAGAGAGAGAGAGAGGGGCAGAUUAAAGCCCAGGCAAAAGACUGGAGUGAAACAGCUUAAAUAGAGAAGUGAACGUAUACGUCCUCUCCCGUUUUCCUUGCCAUUCCUUUCCUCCUCCUCCUCCUCCUCUUCUCCCAUUUUCCAACAUUUAUAGGACUGCCAGAGCUACUGCCACCUGCACCUCCUCGCAUCUUCUCUUUCCUCUUCUUCCUCUACCUCACCCUUAUUAGGCGUUAUUAGCCGACAGCACUCUGUAAUACACGCCUGCCUUGCUUCUAGCACUUGUGGAAAUAUUUGCGUUGAUCCAGGAGUGUGAGACUGAGUGAGCAUCUGCGUGGUACCAGUAAGACACAGUUCGUCAGGAGCUUCCCCUUCAGAGGCAGACCUUCCUCCCAGCCACUGUCCGGCACGCAAACCCCGCUUACUCCCUGGAGGGAUCAGCCAGUGACACAGUGGUGCGGAUAGCAAAGACAGGAAUUGCACAGUCCCUUCACUGCCUCUAUCCCGUUGCUAGCUACUUGGCAGCUCCCGCCCCCGUGUCACCAUUCCCUGCCUCAGUGCUAAGGAUUCCAGCUACAUGGGCCAGCGAUUGGAGCAGCAGCCAAUGUACCCUCAGUACACCUACUACUACCCCCACUAUCUCCAGACCAAGCAGCCCUAUGCUCCACCCCCUCAUCCCAUGGCUCCUCCCAGCCCCAGCACCAACAGCUGCAGCCAGGGAGGGGCAGAGCAGCUGAGUAAGACCAACCUGUACAUUCGAGGCCUGCCACCUGGGACCACUGACCAGGACCUCAUCAAACUCUGCCAACCGUAUGGGAAAAUAGUAUCAACCAAGGCCAUUCUGGAUAAGAACACUAACCAGUGCAAAGGAUAUGGCUUUGUGGAUUUUGACAGCCCAGCUGCAGCACAGAAGGCCGUGUCAUCUCUCAAAGCCACUGGGGUGCAGGCCCAAAUGGCCAAGCAACAAGAGCAGGACCCCACCAACCUGUACAUCUCCAACCUGCCAGUGUCUAUGGAUGAACAGGAGCUGGAGAAUAUGCUGAAGCCUCUGGGUCACGUCAUCUCCACAAGGAUACUGAGGGAUGCCAAUGGGGUCAGCAGAGGAGUCGGCUUUGCGAGGAUGGAGUCCACAGAGAAAUGUGAAGUGGUGAUACAGCACUUCAAUGGAAAAUACCUGAAAACCCCACCAGGCAUUCCAGCUCCCACGGAGCCUUUGCUGUGCAAAUUUGCCGACGGAGGGCAGAAGAAACGCCAAAGCCAGAGCAAGUACCCUCAGAAUGGAAGGCCGUGGCACAGAGAAGGCGAGACUGGCAUGGCGUUAACAUAUGAUCCUGCUGCAAUGCAGAAUGGGUUCUACUCCUCGCCUUACAGCAUCGCCACCAACCGCAUGAUCGCACAGACCUCCAUCACGCCCAUCAUCGCUGCUUCCCCCGUUUCCACAUAUCAGGUCCAGAGUACGUCAUGGAUGCCUCAUCAACAAUAUGUUAUGCAACCUACAGGUGCAGUGUUCACGCCACCCAUGGACCACACUAUGUCCAUGCAGCCUGCCAGUAUGAUGGGCCCUCUCACCCAGCAGAUGAACCAUCUGUCCCUGGGCACUACAGGAAGUUACAUGACUGCUGCAGCCGCUGCGGCGCCUAUGCAAGGGACCUACAUUCCCCAGUACACUCCUGUGCCUCCAACCGCUGUCCCUGUCGAAGGAGUGGUGACAGACGCUUCACCCCAGACAGUGGCUCCUUCAUCACAGGAGGUGGCUGGCCAGCAGCAACAGAUCCAGGUGGACAGUGCUACUGACCAUGUUCCUGCUUACUCAUACCAGUCCAAAUAGCAACGGCCUGAGCGAAUGUUCCUGUGACAGCGUUGCCUUGAGACAGAAGGUGGCUGCACUGUGAAUGUGAGGAAAAGAGAGAAGAAAGAGAUUGCUUCCAGAUUGCCCAGGCACCAAAAAAGAGACACUUUUUUCAUUUCCUACCUGGCCUACAAGAAAAAAAAAAAAUCAA